AUGCUAAUGUCUGUUGUUUUUCUGGCUACGCUAGCCCUGGUGUCUUCAACCCCAUAUUGCCCUAUCGUCGUCGGCCCUUUCGCCGUUGGCCCGUCGAUCGGUGGAAGUUGUGCCUAUAACCCCGGAACUUACUGCGGAUAUGAAGACUAUCUACCUGUCGAAAUAGGUGAUAUACCGGCUUGCUACGCCAUGGCUACCUGUGUGACGCUCAAAAACCCGGUACCUGCGCGCAUCGAUUAUCAACCAGUCCAAAAUGGAAGUGCCUGCCCGGACGGUCAGGCUUGCAUUCAGCUUAAUGGUCAAAAAAAUGCUACGAUGUGG